GCACAGGCACUUCAGAGGCAGGACGGGUAUAAAUUUGGCAGCUGCCCUGUGUGGGGUGCGGGCACCAGUGCAGCUUUGAGAGGGGACCAGCUAACACCAUGGGCAGAAUCAUCUUCUACGAGGACAGGAACUUCGGCGGUCGCUCCUAUGAGUGCAUGAGCGACUGCCCCGAGAUCAGCUCCUACCUGAGCCGCUGCAACUCCUGCAGGGUGGACAGCGGCUGCUUCAUGGUCUACGACCGUCCCAACUACAUGGGGAACCAGUACUUCCUGAGGAGGGGAGAGUACUCUGACUACUCCCGCAUGGGCAUGUUCGAAUCCAUCCGCUCCUGCCGAAUGAUCCCCAUGCACAGAGGGAACUUCAGGAUGAGGAUCUAUGAGAGGGAGAACUUCGGAGGUCAGAUGAUGGAGCUGAUGGAUGACUGUGACUCCAUCAUGGACCGUUACCGCAUGUCCGACUGCCAGUCCUGCAACGUGAUGGACGGCCACUGGCUGAUGUACGAGCAGCCCCACUACAGAGGCAGGAUGAUGUACAUGAGGCCUGGGGAGUACAGGAGCUUCAGAGAUAUGGGAUACAGCAACAUGAGAUUCAUGUCCAUGAGGCGCAUCAUGGAUUCCUGUUAAAGUCACAGAUCUCAGCACUGGAAAUAUAGAAAAUAUAGGAAAUAAAAUAUAUUUUAAAUGUU